UUUCGUUUGAGCACCUCAGCGUGGCAAUUAGACCAUUCACCCCCGAGAUACAGCAGCAGCAGCAGCGCAGGGGCCGAUGCGGCGGAUCUUCGGCCUUCUGCUGAUUUUGCUGAUAAGCAUGGGCCGCCGCAGGGUGGACGCACAGCAAGCCCAGAAGGCUUGUGAAGCCGUGAGAGGUGGCAUGUCCGUUAGGAAGGCUGCUAAGGUCUACAGUAUGAUAUUGAUCGGCUUUCGCUCAAACGGCGCCUCGAUGGAGAGGUGGCCAUGGAUGCAAAAGUAGGUCCUGGGACUGUCAUGAGUGAGGAGGAGGAAAAUUCGAUUGAAGAUUGUCUGCUGUACGCUGGUCGUAACUGCCUAGCUGUGAGUCGGCUCCACCUGCUGGAAACCGUAAGACUGCUCUGCCUGGACCGCAAGACCCCGUGGGAUCCAGAGAAGGGCCCGGGGAAGGAUUGGCUAGCUGGCUUCCUCGAAAGGCACCCGCGGGUUAGGGAGCGCACCACUCGCAUCUACGAGGCCAACAGAGUCACCGAUGAGAGCGAACCUCGCAUCGUAGAGUUCUACAGGAAGUGGGCAGCUCUCCUCGAGGACCUCAAGCCGGAGGCCGACCACGUGCACAACACGGAUGAGACAGGUACCACUCCGCAAGGCAACAAGACCAUGAAGGCCUACUGUCAGGCAGGGCAGAAGGUGGUCGAGUCGGUUC